AUGGCACUCACGGUUAAGCAACUCAACGGCGAUGCCGCCUUCUUGCUGAGCUUUGAGCCUCUUGAGGGUCCUUCUGCGGCACCCUGGGCGACUCCCGAACCCUUCCGCAUCCUCCUGGACCCAUGGCUAGAGGACUCGUACUCGAUUAACCCGAAAGCCUCAUUUGCGUCUCACGUUCAGGUGGCCUGCGUGUCGUCGUUGCAACAACUCGCGCAGCCCGAUCUCGUCAUCAUCACCAACGCUCGCAGCGAACACUGCAAUGAAACAACUCUGCGCCAGCUGCCUCCUACGGGCAGCAAGACACUCAUCCUGGCAGAGCCCGCGGCGGCAAAGCUGAUCCGGAGCUGGAAGUACUUCGACGAAGACAUGGUCAGGACCUUGGAACGCUGGGAAACUCGCACGAAGAACCGGGAUACCGUUGUGCGCAUCCCUGUGCCACCGCAGGUUUGUGGCGGUAACGAAGGGGAGGUGACGGUUUCUUUGAUUCAUCAAAAGAGAGACCUCACCGGCCUCCAUUCAGCCGUUGGCAUUACGUACCGGCCCCCUCCGCCACACGCAUCAAUCUUUCGCCGCCAGGCUACGACGCCGCCCAAGUCGCCGACUGCUUCGAUUUCAGACCUUCCUCCGCAGAUUCCCACGCCUCGCCUUUCCCUCUUGCAAACUCCCGACUCGCCAGUCUCGGCCAUGCUUGGUGCGUUCACUCCACCAGCGUCACCCGACUUUAUGAAGUUACGAAACGUCCGCUCGUUAGCCUCCAUACCGCCGCAAGCACGCAACCGGGCCGUAUCGUUGAUCUAUUCUCCGUAUGGCACUUCUUACAACUGCAUGGAGCCAUACGUCACCUCGCAUCUUCUAGCAGAAGCGGCCCUUCCAUUGACGACGAUGCUGCACCCGUUCGAUACAGUGCCGCACCCGUGGGGACUGAGCGGCAAUAUUGGAGCUGGGAUUACUGCCGGGCUGGAGACGGCCAGGCUCUCGGGAGUACGUUCGUGGAUCAGCGCCCGAGAUGGCAAGAAUGUCGGCGGCCUGGCCGGGAAGCUGGUGUAUCGAAAGAAGUAUCCGCGAGAGGAGGCCGAGGAGGUUAUCCGACAGGCUCUGGGGCAGUCCACGCCCCGUAGCAGCGCUGGGUAUGCCCGUGGCAAAAAGCCUGGUCGCCCGACGGAGACGCUGGCGCUGAGUCAGGGCGAGGAGGUGACGAUGACGAGCGAGGGCGUCUGGGAGGAGACGGAGUGCCCCAGUCCCCUCCAGUACGCGGACGAGAAGCUCAAGGCGUUGCUGAGGACCUGA